UAACGCGUCACCGCAGCGGCUACGGCGAGCCAGCAGCUCAGUCAGUCUCCGUCGAACCUCUUCAUCACUGACGGCUAUGGAGUAUGCAGCUGCGGGACACUAGACACUAGCGUUUGAACAGCAGGGCCUCUGUUUCGGCGGCGCACGGAGCAAUGUGGAGGAAAUAGUAAAAAAAAACAGAAAUCCUGAUACGCUGAAAACCAGAGAUUAUAGAUAAUGGGCUGUGUGCAAUGCAAGGAUAAGGAAGCAACCAAACUCACGGACGACCGAGACGCCACUAUCUCCCAGGGAGCGGGCUACCGCUAUGGCGCCGACCCCACGCCGCAGCACUACCCCAGCUUCGGGGUCACCGCCAUCCCCAACUACAACAACUUCCACGCCCCCGUCGCACAGGGGAUGACCGUCUUCGGGGGGGUCAGCACCUCCUCUCACACGGGAACCCUGAGGACCCGUGGAGGGACAGGAGUCACCCUGUUCGUGGCACUUUACGACUACGAGGCACGGACGGAGGACGACCUCAGCUUCAGGAAAGGAGAGAGGUUCCAGAUCAUCAACAGCACCGAAGGGGACUGGUGGGAUGCUCGAUCGCUCACCACCGGUGGCAGUGGCUACAUUCCCAGUAAUUACGUGGCUCCAGUGGACUCCAUCCAGGCCGAGGACUGGUACUUUGGUAAACUGGGCCGCAAGGAUGCGGAGAGACAGCUGCAGUCCACCGGUAACCCUCGAGGAACCUACCUCAUCCGGGAGAGUGAAACCACAAAGGGUGCCUUCUCCUUGUCCAUACGGGACUGGGACGAUGUGAAAGGUGACCAUGUCAAGCAUUAUAAGAUCCGGAAGCUGGACAGUGGCGGCUACUACAUCACCACCAGGGCUCAGUUUGACACGCUGCAGCAGCUGGUCCAGCACUACUCAGACCGAGCCGCCGGGCUCUGCUGUCGCUUGGUGGUUCCCUGCCACAAAGGGAUGCCACGACUCGCCGACCUGUCCGUUAAAACCAAAGACGUGUGGGAGAUCCCGCGGGAGUCGCUACAGCUCAUCAAGCGGCUCGGGAACGGGCAGUUUGGGGAGGUCUGGAUGGAGAGUGCGGAUGGUUUGUGCUUUAAUUUAACGGGCGUGUGUGUGAACUACAUCCCUGACACUAUGGGCUUGAGUCAUGAUGCCUGGGAGAUCAGCAGAGACGCACUUGAGUUGGAAGUAAAGCUGGGGACGGGAUGUUUUGCUGAUGUGUUUUACGGAACGUGGAACGGCACCACCAAGGUGGCAGUGAAGACUCUGAAGCCUGGCACCAUGUCCCCCGAGUCCUUCCUGGAGGAGGCUCAGAUCAUGAAGAAGCUCCGCCACGACAAGCUAGUGCAGCUUUACGCCGUGGUGUCAGAGGAACCCAUCUACAUCGUCACUGAGUACAUGGGCCAAGGAAGCCUGCUGGAGUUCUUGAAGGACGGAGAAGGACGAGGGUUGAAGCUGCCUAACCUGGUGGACAUGGCAGCACAGGUGGCGGCGGGAAUGGCCUACAUCGAGAGGAUGAACUACAUCCACAGAGACCUGCGCUCCGCCAACAUCCUGGUGGGGGACAACCAGGUGUGCAAGAUCGCCGACUUCGGCUUGGCCAGGCUCAUCGAGGACAACGAGUACACGGCUCGCCAAGGUGCAAAGUUCCCCAUAAAGUGGACCGCCCCGGAGGCUGCGCUGUACGGGAAGUUCACCAUCAAGUCGGACGUGUGGUCGUUCGGCAUCCUGCUGACGGAGCUGGUCACCAAGGGUCGGGUGCCUUACCCAGGCAUGAACAACCGCGAGGUGCUGGAGCAGGUGGAGCGGGGCUACAGGAUGCCGUGCCCCCAGGACUGCCCCAUCUCAAUGCACGAGCUGAUGCUGCAGUGCUGGAAGAAGGACGCUGAGGAGCGGCCCACCUUCGAGUACCUGCAAGCCUUCCUGGAGGACUACUUCACGGCCACCGAGCCUCAGUACCAGCCCGGGGACAACCUCUAGACCCCCCCACCCCUAACCCCCGUCUUCCUGCUCGGGGCUCGGCUCGGGGCUGGGGAGAGGACUGGCCAAAUCAGCGCUGUUACAAAACUCUGAAGCCUUCCCAGCCAGGCCUUUUUUUUAUUUUUAAGGAUCUGUACAGCUUCCUCAAGCUCGACCCGAGCGUUUCAGUUCAACCCCCCUAAAACACAACCCCCCCCUCCGUCUCUGACACGCCCUAGUGUCUGAACUCAGCGAAUGCCAUAAGUGGGGAGGUUGAGGAGGCGGGAUGGAUGAUGGACAUGGAUAAACUGGGUUGUGAUAAUGCAAUGUAUUCAAUGUAAAUAAGAAAGGCUUGUUUUUAGUUUAUUUGUUUGCUUUAAGAUUUUUAUUUUCUCCUGCACAAAAAUAAUAUGAAAAUUAUGGAAAUGAUGAAGGCAAACAAAGAGAACCAUUUCAGAGCAGGCACAGUUAAUCUGUAUGUGUAUUAUACUGUAGCUCCUGUUUUAUUUUCUAGAGAUCGGAUCUGAAGCCUCCAUAUAUUUUUUUCUAAUUUUCCAUAAUGUGUAAAAAAAAAAAGAAGAAAAAUCUGCCCCAAAUUAUUGCUUUAUUCUUGACUUUUCAGUUAGUAUUAUUCCAGAGGCAACAGAAGAGCAUGAUGCAGUCCUCCAUCAAGCUUUUUAUUCUGUUCUUGCACCCCACAGAGCUUUCUUUCAGUUUUUAGGCUGCUGCUGUACGCCUUAAGGUUCUUUUACAAAUGAUAUAUGUCACAUUUCUUUGUAAAUUACAGCCGAGCGUGGAAGGAUUUUUGAACAUAUCCCUCAUCGCUUAUGAUUUUGAGAACAUUUUGGGUGGAGAAAUCUUUGUGUUUCUUUGGCGAGUGUUGUAUUUUAACUGGAAGAGAGAAAGUUCAUUUAAGAAGAGAGUAUGUUCGUCUUAUUUGAGCCGUCGGAUUCGGAGGCGCGCUCCUUCGUCGUCACGGUGGUCUUCGGGGACGUCGACCCGGACGUAGGACGUUUUUCCCCUCGUCUCCCGCAAUUCCUCCGCUUGAGACAGACGAGCACCAACCUGCAGCUGAACCUGGACCAGCUCACUUCUUCAUUUUGAUGUUUUACCAACAAGGCUAUAGUCUAUCAGUAUUUAAGUCUUUUGUUUUUUACAGUGUAUGUUUUUAUUCAACCUUUUUAACUGAUCCCUUAAGAAGUCUGAACUGUAUGUUCAGAGGAAGCUUUUGAGGCCAAUUCAUGUUGCAAUUUCAGAUUAGAUGUGGAAGAUUUUAAGGGUUGAAUCUGAAGAAACCAGCCAAACUUGAAAAUGAGUCUAAUGGAAACCUUUUUAAGUCUUACAGCUUAUUGUUUUUAACUGUUGCUGACUUCCCUUCUUUAUAUCUUUUCAUUUCCAUUUUUAACAAUAAGUUGUUUUCGUUUAAUUCAGUGACUUGGCGUUUGGAAUUCAGAAAAGAACAAUAAACAUUUUA